CUGGUGGCCUCGGCUCAGCAGCGGCAGCCGCCGGCCGGGCCAGCGGGCGGCGACAGCGGCCUGGAAGCUCAGUACAGCUGCCCCAUCUGCCUGGAGGUCUACCAUCGGCCAGUGGCCAUCGGCAGCUGCGGCCACACGUUCUGUGGGGAGUGUCUCCAGCCAUGCCUCCAGGUGCCAUCCCCCCUCUGUCCACUCUGCCGCCUGCCCUUCGACCCCAAGAAGGUGGACAAGGCCACUCCCGUAGAGAAGCAGCUCUCCUCCUACAAGGCGCCCUGCCGUGGCUGCAACAAGAAGGUGGCCUUGGCAAAGAUGCGGGUGCACGUGUCAUCCUGCGUGAAGGUCCAGGAGCAGAUGGCCAACUGCCCCAAGUUCGUCCCCGUGGUUCCCACGUCCCAGCCCAUCCCCAGCAACAUCCCCAACCGGUCCACCUUCACCUGCCCCUACUGCGGUGCCCGCAACCUCGACCAGCAGGAGCUGGUGAAGCACUGCGUGCAGAACCAUCGCAGCGACCCCAACCGCGUGGUGUGCCCCAUCUGCUCAGCGAUGCCCUGGGGGGACCCCAGCUACAAGAGCGCCAACUUCCUGCAGCACCUUCUGCACCGGCACAAGUUCUCCUACGACACCUUCGUGGAUUAUAGCAUCGACGAGGAAGCUGCCUUUCAGGCUGCGCUGGCCCUGUCUCUCUCCCAGAACUGA